AUGGAUGAACUGACUGGCAGAAGGGACAACACCUCACUGCAAGGCACAGUGACUACCACCACAGUCACAAAAGAAGCAGGAGAAGGAGGAGGUGUGACAAUGAGAGUGGUGCUCCCGCAGCUCAUUGAUGCUGCUGCCUCCACCUUCAACCUGGCUUUCUUGGUGGCCACAGAGGCCGCCGCCGCACCACAAAGACAUUUGUUACUCACUAGAAAAUGUCAGAAUAAGCCCUUGAUUGUUCUUCAAGGAUAA